AAAUCCAGCGUCAAACCAAGGGCUUCAAACUCCGACACGAUGCUGCUCCCCCUCUUGUUUGCUCUGGCUCUGAGUGCUGCGUCUGCCUCAGAUGGCAAAACACAGAUGAAGCUACUGCGUGGCAGCUGCCCCAUGUUCUGGUUCAGCUUCAAUGACCGCUGCUACAAGUAUUUUGCCUCAAGGAUGACCUGGGGUGAAGCUGAAAUCCACUGUGUGUCAGAGGGAGGCAACCUGGUUCCCAUCCACAGUCUGGAAGAACAUAACUUUGUCAACUACCUCAUCCAGAACUUUGAUGCCAAUCAGGGAUAUACCUGGAUUGGACUCACUGACAUCCACAAGGAGGGAUCCUGGAUAUGGUCCGAGGGAUCGAAACAUGAAUUUUCCAAUUGGAAUGAUGGACAGCCAAACAAUGCUAAUGAAAUCGAACACUGUGGACACACCAACCACGGCAUUAAUCAUUUAUGGAACGAUGAAGACUGCUCUGCUAAAUUACCCUUCGUUUGCAUAGCUCGAAAUGUUUGCCCCUAGUGUCAGAAAAGCUGUCAAAUUCCACCCAGCAGCUGUAAGCACGUUUAACUUGUGAAAAUUGGAUAAAAGGUAAUCUCUUCUGAACUAAUGUUAAUAUUUUUUCUUAGCAUGGCAAUUGAAAAGGAGCUUCAUUAUGAAAAGCAAUUCUGCAAUAAUAAACUUAAGCUGAAAAAU